UAGCCAAUUGUUAUUUAAUCCGGCAGAGGUCAGAUAUAAAAUUCCAUCCAAACUGAGUAUUUUUAAUAUAUACAGUAGAUAUGCAAUUACGAAUUCUGUUUCAAGUGCUUCACUUGUUUGCGUCUCUAUUCUUCUUCCACUUGUACGAAUCAAGUAUUAUUUCAAUGCCCUUGAGCAUGAGCGAAAGCAGAACUAACAAAGAAAGGUUAUCUGGAUUUUUUUUUCAUUCUCUUCCUUUGCAACCGGUCUUAGCCUGAACGAUUCAGGAAUCUCGCAUUGCAGCCGCCAGAUUACAUCAUCACCUCCCUGUCUUCGCGUCAAAGCCGAGUGGUUGGUUUUAUUAUUAAAAGGGACAGCACAAAAUGCAGGGCUGUACGAACGGGAUUGUGUUGUAUUAACAGCAAAAAAUGAGAGAGAGGGAGAGAGAGGAAAAAAAGGAGCCAAUCCCACUGAUAUGUCAUGGCAGAGGCGGAGGCAAGUCUACCGGCAGCGGAUGCAACAACCCUGUACGAGGAAUACGAGUGCAAGAUCUGCUACAAUUACUUCGACCUGGAUCGAAGAGCGCCCAAGAUCCUAGAGUGUCUGCACACGUUUUGCGAGGAGUGCCUGACCACACUUCACGUCAGGGAGGACCGGCCAUGGAGAAUCGCCUGCCCUAUCUGCCGGCACAAGACAGCCGUGCCUGACUACAGGAUCCAUAACCUGCCCAAUAACACCAAGGUCACCGAGGCUUUCCCUCUCUACGUGGGCGCCGACCCGCUUCCUCAGGACGCGCUGCCUCCGACGCCCCAGUUACAUCGGUUCAACCAGCAGCGACAGCAUCACCAUCAGCAGCAGCAGCAGCAGCAGCAGCAGCAGCAGCAGUCCAGCCCUGUUCUGCCGCCCGAGAUAGCGACCCCCUCGGCGGCAGCAGGCAGCCGCCAGUCCCCGGGACCCUCGGCGCCCUACGAGAGCUGCCAGAAUUGUAAGAGGGCCGCUCUGACCGCUGGCUGUGUCUGCGUCGUCUUCUCUUUCCUCUCUAUGGUGGUGCUGCUCUUCACCGGCCUGAUCUUCGUCAAUCACUACAACAUCUCGCCCUCGCCCGUCGGCCCCAUCUGUCUGUCGGUGGCCAGCAUCCUGGCCUUGUUCUCUGUGGUUGUCACAUGGGUAAUCUGCUGGCUCAAAUAUCGGCCCGACACCAACGGGUCAGGAAAUAACAGGGCGUCCGCCUCCUCGGCACCCAGGAGAAACACUUAGCGAAAUUUGGCAGUGGUGGAGCGCACCGGGCGUUUGGUUAUAAAAUGACCAAUUGGAGAAUAAAGCCCAGUACUGUCACGCUUUUAUCCAAUACAGCUGCAUGUCGAAGCGUAAGGAAACGACCGGGCCGGAAUACGUUGAUUCAACACCUUUCCCCUUUACGCAUCACACGUCAAACCUAAAAUAUUUAGAAUGACUUAUGUUUAGCUUGUUGUCGAAAUAACUAGUGCCGUUAUGUAGAUGUAUCCUACUGGCUGGCUAUGCUUGUACUAAUAACGGAUAUUACAUGCGUGGUAUUGUGUUGAAAUGUACAUGUUCGAAUUGUACCAAAUGUGAAAUAUGCAUAAUUAGAUUUUGAUGAUGAAAGAAAAUUAUUUAUGUUCAGUUAAAAAAUAUACUGAGAAACGUGGUUGUUUAAAGUCACUAAAUUACAGGGCUCGAUUUCCUGGAUUGAAAACAACAGGAUAACUGGGAGUUUUGGCUGGUUAAUGGGUUUCGUUAUGGGAUUAGUUUGCUGACAAUAGGACGACCUCGUAGACAAUGGCUCGGUUUUCGUAGACGGACUGUGGGCUAAUCAGGACUACUGUUGCGAAGAAGAGCCCUUUAAGUCUGAACAGUAUUUUAUAUGUAGAUGGACUGUAGUUUGAUGGACUUGAGUCAAAAGUAGGCUGUUGACAAGUGGUUACAAUUAACUGCAUAUGCCACUAAAGCAGCCAAGUACAUUCACAGCAGAAUACGUCAAUUUCUGUGUAUUAGUCACAAGUACUAUUUGUAUUUAUUGUACCAUUACUACAUACAUUUAAACUAUAUACAUCUUCGGGUAACACGAUUCUCACGAGACAGGCAAUAAACGUGUAAGGACAUUAACCAACAGGAGCCUUAACAGUGUACAUGAGCAAAAUGUAAAUGUAUAAAAUCAUGGAACUCUUGAGGAUAAAAUGAAAGUUGAAGUAUUCUGUA